AUGCCCGACGAUCAAAUAGCAGCAUCGAUUUUGGGGACAAAAGAUUUCUGGGACAAUCACUAUAAUCAGGAGUUAAAGAAUUUCAAAGAACAUCAUGAUAAUCAAGGAGAGAUUUGGUUUGGAAAAUCGGCGGAAAAUCGAAUUCUGAAAUAUUUUGACGCAAAAAAUAUCCCCAAAACCCAACAAAUAAUAGAUUUUGGUUGCGGAAAUGGUAGCUUGCUUAGACGAUUGUUUUCGAAAGGGUAUGGCAACUUGUUUGGCGUUGAUUAUUCUUUAGCAUCAAUAGAACUUUCAAAAAAGAUUGCUGAAGAUGUGAAAGCAAAAGUCGAUUUCCAGGUAUUAGAUUUGUUAGCGCCUUCUCAGGAGCAAUUCAGGGGGCAAUUCGACAUUGUUCUUGAUAAAGGCACGCUCGAUGCGUUACUUCUCUGUGAACUCGAUGAACGACAGAACAGACUCAAAGCCUAUGUUAGCUCUGUGAUACGUGCUCUAGAAUCUUCAGGCAAAUUUAUCGUAGUCAGCUGCAACUUCACGAGAGACGAAUUGGUCGAUAUGUUGACUCCUCUAGGAUUACAAUUCGAAGAGGAAUUACCCAAUCAAUCGACUUUUACUUUUGGCGGGAAAGUUGGAAACACGACCACGGCAGCUGUAUUCUCAAGAACUUGUCUG